AUGCCAAAAGAAUCAAAUCAACCUAAAUCAGACUCUAGAGCGUUACGGCGCCUAGAUCCGUACAAAAGAAAUCCUCCAGAGCGGGAAGAAAGUCCAGAACGAAGUUCGCGCCAUUCGAGUGGCGAAAAAGCAAGGUCGCGUCCUUCGCAAUCCGCCAGUCGUUCAGAGACUCGUAGUCGCUCACGUUCGCCAUCUGAACCGCCACAAUGGGCGAGAGAGUUGUUAAAGAAUCAGGAGGAUUAUAGCAAAGAAAUGAAACGUCUACAAAGCGAAAUCGAGCGUGAUCGAGCGUCUAUGUCGACGCGGGAUUGUGGGCAAACUAUGGGUGUUGUUUUGUCUACUUUUUGGUGA